AUGUUAAGAACAUCAAACCCAAUUAGAAAUCAAACUUUACGUUUAGUUCGUAAUUUAUCACACAAAGAAUUAAAAUUCGGUGUUGAAGGUAGAGCUGCUUUAUUAAAAGGGGUAAACCUUUUAGCUGAUGCAGUUUCUGUCACUUUAGGACCAAAAGGUAGAAAUGUUUUAAUUGAACAACAAUUUGGUGCUCCAAAAAUCACCAAAGAUGGGGUAACUGUUGCCAAAUCAAUUACUUUAGAAGAUAAAUUCGAAGAUAUGGGUGCUAAAUUAUUACAAGAAGUUGCUUCCAAAACUAACGAAAGUGCUGGUGAUGGUACUACUUCUGCCACUAUUUUAGGUAGAUCAAUCUUCACUGAAUCCGUUAAGAAUGUUGCAGCUGGUUGUAACCCUAUGGAUUUAAGAAGAGGUUCUCAAGCUGCCGUUGAAGCCGUUGUUGAAUUCUUACAAGCCAACAAAAAGGAAAUCACUACUUCCGAAGAAAUCGCUCAAGUUGCAACUAUUUCAGCUAAUGGUGAUACUCACAUUGGUAACUUAUUAGCUUCUGCCAUGGAAAAAGUUGGUAAAGAAGGUGUUAUUACCGUCAAAGAAGGUAAAACUUUAGAAGAUGAAUUAGAAGUUACUGAAGGUAUGAGAUUUGACAGAGGUUUCAUCUCUCCUUACUUCAUUACUGAUACCAAAUCAGGUAAAGUUGAAUUUGAAAAUCCAUUAAUCUUAUUAAGUGAAAAGAAAAUCAGUACUAUUCAAGAUAUCUUACCAUCAUUAGAAUUAUCAAACCAACAAAGAAGACCUUUAUUGAUCUUAGCUGAAGAUAUCGAUGGUGAAGCUUUAGCUGCUUGUAUUUUAAACAAAUUAAGAGGUCAAGUUCAAGUUUGUGCUGUUAAAGCUCCAGGUUUCGGUGAUAACAGAAAAAACAUCUUAGGUGAUAUUGCUAUCUUAUCAGGUGGUACUGUCUUCACUGAAGAAUUAGACAUCAAACCAGAAAACGCUACUGUUGAUUUAUUAGGUAGCUGUGGUUCAAUUACCAUCACCAAAGAAGACACCGUUAUCUUAAACGGUGAAGGUUUAAAAGAUAACAUCCAAAGUAGAUGUGAACAAAUCAGACAAGCUAUUGGUGAUUCACAAACUACUGAAUACGAAAAAGAAAAAUUACAAGAAAGAUUAGCUAAAUUAUCAGGUGGUGUCGCUGUUGUCAGAGUUGGUGGUUCAUCAGAAGUUGAAGUUGGUGAAAAGAAAGAUAGAUAUGAUGAUGCUUUAAAUGCCACUAGAGCUGCCGUUCAAGAAGGUAUCUUACCAGGUGGUGGUACUGCUUUAAUCAAAGCUUCUAAAAUUUUAGAUCAAGUUAAAGAAAAAGCUGAAAACUUUGAUCAAAAAUUAGGUGUUGAUAUUAUCAAAUCAGCUAUUACUAAACCAGCUAGAAGAAUUAUUGAAAAUGCUGGUGAAGAAGGUGCUGUUAUUGUUGGUAAAAUCUACGAUGAACCAGAUUUCAACAAAGGUUAUGAUUCAUCUAAAGGUGAAUUCACCGAUAUGAUUGCCAGUGGUAUCAUUGAUCCAUUCAAAGUUGUUAAAAAUGGUUUAGUUGAUGCUAGUGGUGUUGCUUCAUUAUUAGCUACUACUGAAUGUGCUAUUGUUGAAGCUCCUCAAGGUCCAGCUCCUGCUGCCCCAGCCGGUGGUAUGGGUGGUAUGGGUGGUAUGCCAGGUAUGGGAUUCUAA